AAAGCAUAGAAACUGGAUACAGUCUGCACAAAGCUUUACAUAUUCAGUGACCCGUCACGGUCCGUUCUGUAUGGACUUAACGUUGGUCGUCCAGUCGAACUCAUGAUGUCUCCUCGACUAGCAUUGCUUAGUAUGGUUUUCUUAACAGUGACUAGUGAGCUCAUCUCCGACAGCGGCUGGACUCCUAUAUCAAGAGAAAAGGUUGUUAAUCCGAGAAAUUUCAUUAAAACACAAGUUUUCGCGAAUUCCCAAGCAGAGUGGCAUACUGACGCGGACUCAGCAUUUACUGGCGAGACUAUUAAAUCACCUGAUGACCGUGAAAUAUAUGAAGACUUUAAUAGAAAACUGGAUGUACUAAAAGAUAUAACGCCUCCUACAAACUGUGACGAAGGUCAGGACAAAGAAAUACCUGAUAAAUUAAACAUUAGAAGAACUGAAGCUCUCGCGAGGACAGCUAAGAAAAUUAACGAUCAAAAUUAUUCCAUUAAAGAAAAUCUUGUAGAAGUCUCUGACGCAAAUGAAGAAAAAUUUAAAAUUGACAAUAGCAGAGCAAGUAACGAUAAGUAUGAAGUGAUAGAAAACGUGGACGACGGCGUUACAGCAGACGAGGAUUAUCCCACACAUAAAAAAGUACUCCGGGACAAUCCGACAGAUGACUUCAUUAAGAUUCUAGCUAACUACAAUAUAAGAAGCAGUGAUAAGCUCCCAAAUUACGCUCUCUCCAGACAAAACAGUCGGAAUUCCAAUGAAUUUAUUUACAUGCCGAUCCGAAUACCAGAAGGUUACAACAGCCCCAAUCACGUGCUAGUAGACCCUCUGCUAGCAGUAUUUCUGUCUAACUAUGGUUAUUAUUUACCAGGCCUCUUUGGUGUCGCCGGUAACUACCGCAAUCUGUAUGGGUAUAUCGCUGCCAAUAAUAUUCAUAACAACAAGCCCUUUGGUUCUUAUAAAAUUUAUUCUGAUACAGAUUCUUUUCACUAAGGUCUGCGACGAAGUAUUUCAUUUAACUAACCUCUUCUUUGUUAUACUUUUUAUUUAAUUAGAUUAAUUUAUAAAUAUAAAAGCGAAUUAUAAUGUAAAUAUUCUAUAGAACAUACCAAUAAAAACUGUCAUGACAAAUUUCAUUACGAAUAGAAAGACUUGUGCAAAUUUAAACUUUAAAUCUGGCAACAGUUUCGAGUUCAUUCUAGUAUUUUAGCCCGGAUGAAAUUAUGUGCUAGUUAGGUCCUGGAUGCAUUCCAGUGUUCCUACGACUUGGCUACGUGCGUUCUUUCCUUAGAUUUACUUUCUUUAAAAGUGUUGUAUGCCACUUUCAGAUUAAGUUUGGGAAAUGUCUGCAAUUUAUGUCCGAAUCUUGUAUUUGAAAUGAUUUCCAACGAAUAAAACACUAAUUAUCCUAAUGUUAACUAAUAUAGAUUAAUAAUUAAUUUACAAUGUUUUUCGUUUGUAAAUAUUUCGGUUAUGUUGUUAUAAUUCAAAUUAAAUAACAAUAAGUAUUUAUUAACACACACAUUUUAUAACAAAAAGUAAACACGAUAAACGUUGCAACAUCUUUGAAGUAAUCAUCAUCAUCAUCAUCAUCAGCCCAUAUAUGU